AUGACGGCUUGUAUAUGUGUUGAUUAUUUAGCACAUGAUUGGGAUGUAAAUGAUAUUAUUCAAACAAAUCAUGAAAUCAAGAAACAAUUACUACAAAUUAAAAAGAAACAAUUUCAAGCUAAUAUCAAGGAUUUCAAAUCAAUACAAAUUGAACAUGAUCGUUGUAUUCGAUAUCAAAAUGCUUUAUGGAGGCAAAUGGCAAAAUUAUGUACAAGUCAACUAGGAAGGUCAAAUCCAAUGGUGAAUCCAUCCACAGUCAAUUGGCAGAAAGAAUCCGACAUCACAUGGUUAUAUGGACCUUUAUACUCUACGCAACCAUCGAUUGAACUUCCUCCUACUCCUCCACCUGAAGGUAUUAAAUCUGUAUUGAAGAAACCUGCAUCAUUACGUUUGGAUUAUGAUUAUCGUCCUUGGUCAAAAACUUGUUCUGAAUCUGGUGCUCCAUCAUCUGUCCGUUUCAACCCUGAUAUUGAAAGAUUGGAAUAUUUACCAGAAUCUCCUGUUAGGGAAACCAUGAGUGCUGCUUCGGAUUAUUGGUCUUUAUUAGAAGAAGAAGAAGAUGAUGAAGAUGAUAUUCUUUGGUCUAUGAUUUUACAUUUAGUUCAAUUUGUUACCAAGAAAUCUAUUUUAUGGGCAACUAGUUUUACACCAUCAACAUCAUUAUCACUAUCAUCAUCAUCAUCAUCAUCAUCAACAUCAUCAGUACAAUAUCCUCGGCAUUAUCAACGUCAUCAUCAACAACAACAACAACAACAACAACAACAACAACAACAACAACAACAACAACAAUAUCAAAGGCAUCAGCAUUAUCAUCAGCAUCCAUCCUCUUAUAACAAUACCAACCUCACUCAAGAUUCCCCUAUUCAUGUCUUAUUAUUAUUUUUUUCUAUGACCAAAUCAUUGACUUCCCUUAUCGCCACUUGGGUGAUGUAUCAAUCACUACUUCCUUUUACCUGGCUUAUCAAUCAUUCUCAAAAAAGCCAUCAUCAUACUACAUUUUGACAUUCCUCUUUAUUUAUUCCCCCCCCCUUCUUUUUUGUACAUAAUAAAAAAGCGCUCUUUUUUUUUUUUUUUUUUUUU